UGUUCGGCCGUCUGCCCUGCGUCGCCAACGCUCUCCGCUCUUGACUUCGCCGUGAUGUCGACCGCAAUGAACUUCGGGACCAAAAGCUUCCAGCCGCGGCCCCCAGACAAAGGCAGCUUCCCGCUGGACCACUUCGGCGAAUGUAAAAGCUUUAAAGAAAAGUUUAUGAAGUGUCUCCGCGACAAGAAUUAUGAAAAUGCUUUGUGCAGAAAUGAAUCUAAAGAGUAUUUAAUGUGCAGGAUGCAAAGGCAGCUGAUGGCACCGGAACCGCUAGAGAAGCUCGGCUUUAGAGACCUAAUGGAGGGGAAGCCGGAGGCAAAGGACGACUGUUGAGAAGAAAACCACAGGGCCGUGUCCCCUGCCUGGGCAGAGCGGAGCCCUUGUGCCCACAGUGACUCAGCCCGUGCUGCCCGGUGGAGGGGCUCCCUGUGUGGACUUGAGAACAUGGCUCAGCCCUGCAGCGCACACCAAAGGCUUCCUCUGCUGACCUCCCUUACCCUCCAGAAGGCGUGUUUCACUUUCCUGUGUAUGUCACCGGAUCCGUCAGGGCCGACCACUGCUGUGACAUGAUAUCCCGCCCAGUGUGGCUGUCAUACCACUGAGGCCCGGGCGGCAUUCCACAGCGGCUCAGCCUGUCGCAGACCUGAGUCCUCACACCAGAACCUGUUCGUGAAACCAAGCAACAGCAAAAUGUCCGCCUUUCGUGCUCAGUUUGCUUCUCUUUCUCUGUCUUCUCUCCUUUGAACAAAACUGGAAUACAAAGUAGGAAGCGGUUUGGCUUUUCA